UAACGCCCGCCUGUCGUGGAUUGAUUUGUGCUCCGGGUUUGUGGAAGCUCGUGCCGCUGCGAUGUGCGUCCACUCUGCCCAUUCUGAAGACUGAGAAAACGACUAAACUCUGAAGACUAUCUGCUCCACACCCUAAGCUUUGGAGAUCAAUUGGAAGAAAGGAAUAGUGGAACCAGCACCACCAGCGUGUUUGUUUUGGGGUUAAGGAGGACGGUGAAAACUGCACGUCUCAUUGCUUCCAAAAUCAGUGAGUUUACAAUGGCAUCUAAACCUCACCCUCCUCUGAUGAAGAAGCACAGUCAGACAGAUCUGAUCAGCCGUCUAAAGAGCCGGAAGAUCCUUGGAGUCGGGGGCGAAGAUGAUGAUGGGGAAGUGCACCGCUCAAAGAUCAGUCAGAUGCUUGGAAAUGAGAUGAAGUUUGCGAUGCGGGAGCCUAUCGGGCUGAGGGUUUGGAUACUCAUCUCAGCAGUGGGUUUCACAGCCAUGGCUCUGAUGGCCCUGGUGUUUCCCAACCAGUGCUAUGAGGUUGUUUUUGAGGAGGAGCUUUCCACAACCAGCAUCUCUGUUCGCCUUUAUGGAGGAGCACUGCUUAGUCUGGCCAUCAUCAUGUGGAACGGUCUCUACACAGCAGAGAAAAUCGUCAUUCAGUGGACUCUGCUCAGCGAAGCAUGCUACUUUGCCAUCCAGUUUCUCGUGACAUCCGUCACCCUAAUAGAGAUGGGCAUCUUACCCAACGCUGCCAUACUUCUACUCCUCAGUCGGGUGCUCUUCCUGGUGGUCACCAUGGCUUACUACUACCAUCUGGGCCGUAGGCCAAAGAAGGUCUGAGCCACCUGCAGUGCGCUUCCAGGGAGGAGGGGACAGUUGAGCACAGAUAACAAACGCGGGGUCAGAAGGAGUGGAAUAUUAUUUGAUCGGGACUUGGUGCAUCACAUCGCCAGUGGAUGCACUCUGCCCCUUUUCUAUGGGAUCUAGCUUAUGUUAAUGCCCAAUAUUCCCUCAGAUGAGCACAGUCUCACAUUCCAGACUCUACAAGAACAAGUAACCUCAUAGUGAAAGUGAAUUUUACUCUUAAACUGCACUGUGAGGUCAAGCCCCUCUUAAUACACAUUCCUCCUCUGUGCAGUUCUCAGUGCUGUUUAUUAUUCAGACAGAGAUGAUAGUUUUUUGUGCAGUAUGUACUUGUGCCAUCUAUGAUUUGACCUGUACAGUAGAAUACAUUUAAACCAGAUAAUGUUCAUAUAAAACUACAAGAUUUUUCAUAUGCAGUAUUUAAGGUUAUCUGUUUGAUCUAACGGCAUCUUGAUAAUCACACUCAAGACCAAGAGUUUGUGCUAUAAUUUGCUUCUUGUUUGAUGCUUUUGAUGUUAAUUCAGACUUAUGGUUAAUUCAACCCUGGAUAUCUGCGCUCUUGCAUGUUUCUUACACAUCUUCAAUGAACACACUGAAUGAAAAAACAUCACCUCCGCUUACUGUAAGAUCAGGUGCGAUCUGGUCAAACACUGGAUUAGUGACGGUGAACCUUUUCUUAUAGUGCUGACAGCUUUCACAAUCAGCUCAGAGAGAACAUGUCUACUCUUAGUCAAUUCCCAUCACUCAUUUUUUUUGUCAGAUUCUGAACAUGAAGAUUUUUCAGGGACAAGGUGAAUUUUAUAUUUGCGGUAUCGGUAAAGAGACUACCAAAGUGAGUGGAGAUGGGUUUUGUACAGAAUAUUUACACUAUCAAGGUAAUUAUAUGUAAUGUUAAAAAACGCACAUGUGUAUAGACUUGUACGAGAGGACACAGCGUUGUUCUUUUCUUGUAUUAAUCUGUGUUCACACUGUUAGUCAGGGCCUUAUCCUGAGUGAUCUUAGAGAAAGUAUGUCACAUUUUGACCUGUACUGUACUACUAGUAUCACAACCCGAGCAUGUCGGUGUGUAGGGCGACAGACCUGAGCUGGUUCCUUGUUCGUGAUGUAGCACAAUUUUUUACAUACACCAUAUCCUUAGUCUUGCCUUAAAUCUAAAUCACAGAAGAGUCAUUAAUACUGCAUCAUAUUUUGUGUGUAUAUACAGUAUAUUAUAUUUGUAAAUAAAAAUAUUUACCAUUAUGUGGCAUUUUGGUGAACCAAACAGGGAACUUUGUUCAGUAUUAGUUAAAUAAUUUUCAGAGUUUGAUCCUUCUUUUUGUGCGUCUUAUUUUGUACUUACGUAAGUGGAAUAUUGUUUUGUGUUUUUUUGUCAUGCAUGCAGUCUACUAAAAUGUGUAGCAAGCUGCCACCAACUAGAAAAAAAGCAGAUAAAUACAGAUUUUUAAUGGGUGUGUUGACCAAAAAUGCAAAAAAACUGCAAAGAAAAAAUAUUUAUAUUAGAUAGAUGAACUGUAUGUGCUUUAAAACAAAUAUAACCCAACACUUGACCCCUUUCCUUCUGUCAUUAUGUUCAAUAUAUUUUACACCUCCUAAUACCUGACACACCUUCACCUCUCACCUCUGCAAAUUUUAUUCUUCAGUAUCAAGGUAAAAAGACAUGAAAGUAGGUCUUAUUUUGUGACUUUCCUUGAACAUCGUUUUAGUUGAAGGGUUUCUUCCAAAGGUGGUCCAUAUUGUUGCAAAUGACCAUGUACAGCCCUGCCCUAGAAGGGAGUAGUCCUGAGGUCGGACUGAUUGUGGGUUUGCAGUAGCAAGUGCAGCGCCGAAAGCAGAUGUGCUUGUUACAUGGGUGAGCACUUAGUUGAGAUAGGGAACGUGAAACAUGGGUGAGGUCUCCAUACUCCCAAAAAAAAGUAGUAAUUACCUUUUUUGCAGUGUUUAAUUACAUUCAGCUCUCCCAAGUGACAUUGUGCGCACAAACGUGCAGCUCUGUACUGACUAACAUAGUAAUUACGAAGGUUAAGAAAAAUGUCAUUACAUUUCCGUCAAUACUAGAGACCUCAAAUCAUCAGCUUGUGAAAUGUUCAAAGGUCUGUAGAGCAGGUUAUUUUGGGAGUGAUGGGCAGUUUUAGGGGGGCGGACAGAAGACGGGAGGCAAAGAAAUGGCUCUUUCAUCGUGCUGGCCUUCUGACGCAAAUAAGUAGAAUAUCACGUUGGUAACUUGUGUCCUUGAAAUUGUAGAGGAAUGGUGAACUGAGCUGUUUAUUCCCUCUGCUACAGGUUCAACCCAUGCUGUACUGUUGUGAAUAGCAUACCAGGUUCAACUGUUUCAAGCUGUAGCAAUGUGUUUUUGUGUAUAUAUGUGCUAUAUUGUACCUCAGAAAUGAAUUGUUGUGGAUUUCCACCAUUUAGUUUGAAAUAAAGAACACUAUUGUUUAUUUUGAAGCUUCAACGGUGACAGUUUUUGCUUUUUCUCAAAUAAAAAAAAAUUACCAUAGCUUUGAA